UGUUUAUUUUUGUUUGAUGUCUUGUUUGUGAGAAAAGAACAUUCAUUGGGCUGUGAUCUCUGUCUAUCGAGUGUCAAUUUCACAGUUGAGUACAACAAAUUGCCUUAAGUGUUAACCUAAAAGAACCAAAGUUUGAAUCGUUCAAAGUGCACUCAUCAUUUUGACCGUGACCUUUUUUUGGUCUCAUUGCUUCUGCUCUAUUGACAGAAUCACUUUUAGUUUUGAAACAAAAAUAUAAUAACUUGCUCAGUCGCGUGUUAUCAACUGAAUGUCGCUGACCUUUUCAUGUUUUCUAAGUGAAAUACAAGCGCGUUUUGUGACACGUAAAACCAGAACGAACCAAAUAAACAAACGUAAAAGUGGCUACAAAAUGCAGACAUUGAUGCGUUUGCUUCUGCUGUUUGUUGGCUUCGAUGCAUUCGUCGUACCAACCUGUUCGUUGACUGUUGUCGCCCAUUCAAUUCAAAAAGAGACCAAUCGAUUCCCGGAUGAUUUUGCAUUCGGUGCGGCAACGGCAGCUUUUCAAAUCGAAGGAGCAUGGAACGAAGAUGGUAAAGGUCCGAGUAUUUGGGAUCAAAUGACACACGUCCAUCCGGAAAAAAUUGCUGACCGGUCGAAUGCAGACGUUGGACCGAAUUCCUAUCAUCUGUACGAGGCCGAUAUCAAUGCGCUGAAACAAACUGGGGUCAAUUUCUAUCGCUUUUCCAUCGCUUGGUCGCGAAUACUUCCCGAUGGUGAUGCUGGAUCUCUAAAUGUUAAUGGCAUCAAAUAUUACAACAAUUUGAUCGAUAAAUUAAUUGAAAAUGGCAUCGAACCGAUGGUCACCAUGUACCACUACGACUUGCCGCAAAAUCUGCAGUAUCUCGGCGGAUUGGUGAAUCCGAAAAUUUCCGACUACUUCAAAGAGUACUCCUACAUCUUGUUUUCACAUUUCGGUGAUCGGGUAAAACGAUGGAUUACUUUUAACGAGCCAUUUGAUUUUUGUACAGAGGGAUAUGGUGAAGCUAUUCAAGCGCCUCUGAUCUAUAUGCCCGGUGUCGGUGAAUAUUAUUGCAUCGACAAUGUUAUCAAGUCACAUGCCGCGACAUAUCAUUUGUACCAGAAAUAUUACAAGAGCAAAUUUGAUGGACAAAUUGGAAUUACUUUGAGUAGCCGUUUCUUCUACUCCACCACCAAUGACACUGAUGUUAUUGACAGAGCGAUGCAGUAUCAGUUAGGUUGGAUAAGUCACCCCAUAUUCAGCAAGUCUGGUGGCUAUCCACCUGUUAUGAUUGAGGAAAUAGCCAGCAACAGUGUUCGCGAAGGUCGACCAUGGUCACGUCUACCAUACAUGACCAAUGCACAAAAAAGAUUUAUCCAAGGAACGGCCGACUUUUUCGGUUUGAAUUAUUACACCAGCCGAUACGUGAAGACAGCCGACAGCCCGCAGGGUCACAAUCCGUCAUGGGACCAUGAUUCGAAUUUGGAAUAUGACAUUGAUCCAGUGUGGAAACGUGCAAAGUCGACGUGGUUAUACUCCGUGCCGCAGGGUUUAAGAGACUUAUUGCGAUGGAUACGGGACGAGUACGAUAAUGUGGAAGUGAUAAUAACUGAAAACGGGUGGUCUGACGACGGUGAAAUUGAAGAUACCGGUCGCAUUGAGUAUUUAAACGAUCAUUUGCAGCAGAUUCUGAUGGCCAUUCAUGAAGACUCAUGCAAUGUUCGCGGAUAUGCUGUUUGGAGUAUUAUCGACAAUUUUGAAUGGCUACGUGGGUACACCGAAAAGUUUGGAUUAUUUAGGGUCGAUGUUAAUACUACCGAAAAGGCUCGGAUUCCGAAACAGUCAGCCGAUUUUUAUCGACGCGUCAUUCAAACAAAAACCAUUCCUCAAAGAUAAUUUCUUUUUUCAUCAAAUAAACAUCAAAUUGAUUAACAUCCUGAAUAAAUCGACAAAAUUUUAAGCUUUA